AAGAAAUGGAAAAUGAUCCUAGGUCCGGUUUAUCAGGUUUUCGGCAACAGCAAAAUCGCAAAACAACUUAUACAUUAAAUAUUGCAAUGACUCGUUUGAUUAUCAUUACCUCACUGUUCGCAACAUCAAUUUCUUCUACACAAAAUCACUGGAAUAACGGAUAUGGUUAUAUUGAUAAAUUCAACUACAAUGCUAUAAAUAUUACAGGUCAUGUUUAG